ACUUAUCAUUGGGAGUCGGGAGAAAAUUCAACCAAUUUAUUAGUUAGAAUUUUUUCUCCUAUCAAUAUAGGUUAUAAACAAUAAAAAUGAGCAUUGGAGGUUAUCGAUUAUUAAAAAAUAUUAAUAAAAUUUUUAUAUCUCAAACAAUUCGAAAAGCAAGUACAAAGGCAGAAGUAAAUUUUCAAAAAAGAAUCUUUUCUGGUAUCCAGCCAACGGGCGGUGUACAUUUAGGCAAUUAUUUAGGAGCUAUUUUAAAUUGGGUCAAAAUUCAAAAUGAACAUUCGAAUAUUACGCUUAGUAUUGUUGAUUUACAUUCGAUAACUUUACCACAGGAAUCAGAAAUACUUAAAAAACGGAUUUUAGAAAUGACUGCCACAUUAUUAGCCUGUGGGAUAGAUCCCGAUAAAAGUACACUGUUUUUACAAUCAACGGUACCCCAACAUACUCAAUUGUGUUGGCAACUAUCUUGUUUAACAACAAUGGCUAGACUGGCACAUCUACCACAGUACAAAGAAAAAUCAGAAAAAUUAAAAGAUAUUCCUUUAGGAUUGUUUAUUUAUCCUGUUUUACAAGCCGCUGAUAUUUUAGUACAUAAAGCCACGCAUGUUCCUGUAGGUGAAGAUCAAGCCCAACAGAUACAAUUGGCCCAGCAUUUAGCAAAAAUUUUCAAUACCAAGUACGGGACGACAUUUCCAAUACCUCAUGCAAUUAUUGCAGAUGACACAAGUUCACGAAUACGAAAUUUACGGAAUCCCACAAAAAAAAUGUCUAAAUCUGAACCAGAUCCUAAGAGCCGUAUACAAUUGAGUGAUACUAGUGAUGCAAUUUUAGAAAAAGUAAAAAAAGCAGUUACAGAUUUUACCUCAGAAGUAUAUUACGACGCUGAAAAUCGACCGGGUGUUUCAAAUUUAAUGGUUAUUCAUUCAAUGCUAACCGGAUUAAGUAUGGAAGAAAUUUAUCAAGAUGCAAAUAGUAAGAAACUUGAUACUGGAAAAUAUAAACUUGUUGUGGCUGAGGCAGUGGCUAACCAUUUGGCACCAAUUCGUGAGAAAAUUAAUAAUUAUCUGUCAAGACCACAAUAUAUAUAUGACAUAUUAGAAGAAGGACGAAUCCAUGCUACUGAAGUGGCCCAAAAGACUUUAGACGAAGUAAAUUUAAAAGUUGGAACUAUUUUAAAUACUGAAAAUAAUUUUGUAGUUAGU